UUCUGUCCUGGCUGAGGACAGGGUAAGGUAUGGCCUGUCCUUUUCCAGACGGGUUUCUCUCACAUUCCGCCGGCUACCCACCUCCGGUUCUGCGUGCCCACGCGGGGUAGCCCAGCGGGCCCAAAGGAAACCACGAGCAGAAACUGAAGAAAGUCUGCGCGCUUGAGCACGGGCGUCCCGCGUGGAAGUGUCCGGGGAGACCGCCAGGAGCGCGCAAGCCGGCGUCGGCCAGAGUUUCCUUCCGACCGAGAGGGGGAGCCCCGCGCGCCCGGCCGGGAGCGACCCGGAGCCCCGAGCCCCAGCCGCCAGCGCCAGUUUGGGAUUCAGCCGAUUAGGAAGAGGAGGGAGGGGGCAGAGAGCACGAAGAGGGAGGGGACCAAAGUCGGAGGGUCCCGAGUCCAGCGCCGUGUUGACGUAGAGAAACUUUCCCUGUCGGCCGCACAAACGGCGCCCCGGCUGCGCGGGAGCGGAGAUCGCGGGGCUGCGAGGACCCGGCAGCUCCCCACGCCCCCGCCCGAAGCCUGACCGGACUGCAUCCCUCAGUGAGUUAUAUGUGAUUCCAUCUGAUAUACAGAGGAGAAAAAGUAGUAUAAGAAGAAAUCUGAUGGCAACUGUAUGAUAGAAGCUAUAUAAAGUCAAGUGUCUAAUAUUUCAAGUAUAUUUGAGCAUACCCAGGAUAUAAAGUGUGAUUGAACUGAAAAUUUAUUGGGCUGAUCCUCAUCAUGAACCGUGCUUUUAGCAGAAAGAAAGACAAAACAUGGAUGCAUACACCUGAAGCUUUAUCAAAACAUUUCAUUCCCUAUAAUGCAAAGUUUCUUGGCAGUACAGAAGUGGAACAGCCGAAAGGAACAGAAGUUGUGAGAGAUGCCGUAAGGAAACUAAAGUUUGCAAGACAUAUCAAAAAAUCUGAAGGCCAGAAAAUUCCUAAAGUUGAGUUGCAAAUAUCAAUUUAUGGAGUGAAAAUUCUAGAACCCAAAACAAAGGAAGUUCAACAUAAUUGUCAGCUUCAUAGAAUAUCAUUUUGUGCAGAUGAUAAAACUGACAAGAGGAUAUUCACUUUCAUAUGCAAAGAUUCUGAGUCGAAUAAACAUUUGUGCUAUGUAUUUGACAGUGAAAAGUGUGCUGAAGAGAUAACUUUAACAAUUGGCCAAGCAUUUGACCUGGCAUACAGGAAAUUUCUAGAAUCUGGAGGAAAAGAUGUUGAAACAAGAAAACAGAUUGCAGGGUUACAGAAAAGAAUUCAAGACUUAGAAACAGAAAAUAUGGAACUGAAAAAUAAAGUACAUGAUUUGGAAAACAAAUUAAGAAUAACUCAAGUAUCAACAUCUCCACUGCUGCACAAAAUGUCUGAUCAUGAGCAACACGGGUUUCAGAGAUGUUCACCCUCUUUCUGGCGUAGUAGCGAUGGUUCAUCUCCCUGUCUCAAUAUUUCUUCCAUCUCUGUCACUCCUGUCAACUCGCCUGAUUCCAGACUAUCAUUGGGACUGUUAAUACCACCACCUUCUAAAUGUGGCCUUCCCAAGCCAUUCAGUGAGAACAGCAUCCCAAGACCUCAUGCAGGCAGUGUGACACCUAAGUCGCCCUCCACUGACAUCUUUGAUAUGAUUCCAUUUUCUCCAAUAUCACACCAGUCGUCUUCGAUACCAACCCGCAAUGGCACACAGCCACCUCCAGUACCUAGUAGAUCUGCUGAGACCAAACGGGACCUGUUUGGAGCAGAACCUUUUGAUCCAUUUAACUGUGGAGCAGGAGAUUUCCCUCCAGAUAUUCAAUCAAAAUUAGAUGAGAUGCAGGAGGGGUUCAAAAUGGGACUAACUCUUGAAGGCACCAUAUUUUGUCUCGACCCAUUAGACAGUAGGUGCUGAUGUCAAGAACAAGAGACCCUGAUUUAUGUUAAAUUUGUUUAUAUGCAUAUAUGAUCCAUUAUUACUUUAAGAUCGGUAUUAUACACGUGCCCAAUAUAUUUUUGAAUACAUUAAUGUUUUGAAAAUUAUUUCAGUAAAAUGUCUUCAUUCUCACAAUUGAUCUGUAAUUUUUAUUUUAAAAACAACUUUCUGUAAAGUGUAUCAUACUUUUCGUAUCCUUUCUGUUUCUGUGGUAGAGGAAUUUAUAAUUGAAAGACAAAUUAUACAAAUAUCUGCCUUGUGUGUGAGUUCUAAAUAAUUAGCACCUUGAAAUUUGAAUCCAUUUUCAAGGCUGCUAGUUUAUUGUUGAUUUCCCAAAAGCCAUACCUUAAUGAUACUUUUUAAAAUUCUGAAGUGAUAUAUUAAUGCCAAACUAAACAUGUUCUGUUUUCAAAUAAUAAACAUGUUGCCAUUCAUUAGACAGAUGCCAUUUUAUGUAUAAAAUGCCGCUCACAUCACUGGGAAAAUGUUGACUUUGAAUAUAAUGCCACCAGGACACUAAGUUUUAGCAGGUAAAAUAAUAAGCAUAUAAAUUCCAAUAAUUAAACCAAUGUAUUUAGAGUAUUUAUUAAAUAUUAGUAAAUACAAAGUGAUAAUGCUAGUUAUUAUCAGUUGUACUCUAAAUAUUUAAGUUUUUUCAUGAAUAAAGAUUAUGGAAAAUAAUGAAAAUCUGCUAUUUACAAAAAACUUAAAAUUUUGUUUCUAAUGAGAUAAGUUAUAUUACUAUAACAUCUAAACAUUAGGGAAUAUCUGACCUGAUAUUCCUAAAAAUCAUUUGGAAUAUAUGCUGUUUAUGGUUCCAAUAUCUAUCACCCAUAUUUAGUUUACCAAAUAUAUUUGUUCUCCCUAAAUAGGUAUUAUCCUUCUGACAGUUUCUUCUUUGAUAAAGAUAUUUUCUCACCAAAGUUUAUUUUGCGAUGCCCCACUAAUUUUCAUAUUUUAACAUCUACGAAAACUAUUCUAUAUGAAUUAUCAAUCUUACUUAGCAAAUUUGAUUUGCAUUUGUUUUGUUGAAGUCAGGAUCUCAUUUUUCACAAAAAUCAAGUUGCUGCUCAGUUUAGUCUUGAACAUGAGCAAUAAAAUUCUCUGGUACCUCAUUCUUAAUGUGCUGAUGAAUCCUACCUUUAAAAGCAACAUUUAUUUCCUAUACUUUUGCCCAUUAUGUAACAGACUAAUUUGUAUUCAGUGCAACAAAAAUUUCUGGUGAAAAUUUCUAAUUUGGUUCAUUACAUUAUGAGAAAAAUAAAUUAAUAAAAAUGUGGGCUUAGAUUGGGGGUAGCCAUCAAAAAUAGAUUUUUCUUCUACUCGUGGGAAUUUUCUUCAAGUACUAAAGGUACAUUUCCAUUAGGGAAAGAAAUCAAAUACGCUUAUGCAAUAUUAUAUUUGUGUGUAUCUCCAUAAUGUUGAAUGGUAUAUAUGAGUCUUCUUGUGUGUUUUCCUUUAUCUGCUACUUUGUGUCUUAAUUAGAGGGCAAUAUAUGUUUCAUAAAGAAGAGUCUUUAUAAUUUUGUUUGUCAUAUAGUAUUUUGGAAUUUGUAUAAUGAGGAUGUUUAGAAGCCCUGUAAGUGGCUUUUUUUAACAGAUAGAUUUGUAUUUUUAUUGUACUUUAAAAAGAUUUAUGUAAUAGGUAUAUAUUUAGUGGCCAUUUAUUAUCAAUGGUAACACAAUAGAGUACUAAGAUGGUAUUUGCACAUUUAAGAUAUGUUACCUUACCAAUUUUUAAUGGUAAUCAUUUCUGCUACUGGCAUGAUUAAAUAGUACAUAAUUGGUCAUUAAUGAUGAACAUUUUAUUUCCCCAGUGCAUUUUUAUGAAGAUCUGGUUGAAAAUUGUAUUUCUAUGUAAACACGAUGAUAUGUUUGAUUUUGCUGAGAAUAAAUGAUUUUAAAUAAA